CCCAUUGAUACUGCGCUGUCCUAUCGAAUUGGGUUGUGGAGGGGCGAUAAUUAUAUAUGGAAGAGCAAUUUUAAAAUUUCCACAUUUCUCCUUUGUGAUAUUCUAGAGUAAGUGCAGCAGUGGUGCUGUGCAUUAACGGAUAACUUACAACCUUUUGUCAAACCUCAACCAAUACUAACAAUUCAACAUGUGUGACGAAGAAGUAGCCGCAUUAGUCGUAGACAAUGGAUCCGGAAUGUGCAAAGCUGGAUUCGCCGGGGAUGAUGCCCCUAGGGCUGUUUUUCCUUCCAUUGUGGGUCGUCCCAGGCAUCAGGGCGUCAUGGUAGG